GCUCCGGAGCCAACUUCAAGACAUGUUAUUUGAAAUUAUCCCAUUCGUAUUGGGAAAAAGUUUGAAUUCAGUUUUUCCAUAAACGUCUCAGCUGGGGACCUUGAGCCUGUAGAUGCAAUAUUUGGAUUGAAACUUUGGAAAUAAAGUGGCACUCAGUACACAUUACAGCAACCUUCUCUUUUACUUUCGGUUUCUGUGUUAAAAUGUCAAAUAUAUAGUGGUCACUGGUCAGGACGUCGUAGCCUGGAAGCCAUUCCAAUUAUGAGGUGUAUGGGAAUCAGCUAUUUUUAUUGACUUGUGGCAAUUUUGACAAAGAUGCACCGGCCUAUUAUAGUUAGUGGUGCUGGAGAAUAGCUUCUGCAUGCUUGUUGCAUUUUUCUUGUUGCAUUUUUCCUGGUGCAUUAAUGGUGCUUUUUCCCGAUGCAUGCUAUCACUUUUUGUUGUUAUUACCAUUGCAUUGGCUCCGACGAGGGCUGUGGAAGGAGAGUACUUGAUCGGAAUAGGGAGCUAUGACAUGACAGGGCCGACGGCUGGGGUGAGCAUGAUGGGCUAUGCCAAUAUGGAUCAGAUAUCGGCCGGCAUCCAUCUCCGGUUAAGACCUAGAACUUUCAUUGUGGCUGAGAGUUCUCGAGUUCCCACGUUUGCCUUUGUCAAUCUUGACGCAGGAAUGGCUUCACCGCUAGUCACCAUUAAAGUUCUAAAAAGACUCACGUUAAGGUAUCCAGAUGAAGUACUGAGCACAAAGAUUAUUAGAGAGGGGCAAUUUCAGAAGGCUGUUGAAUUAUUUAGUUCUGCUACUAACCAACUGACAGGAAAAAUAUAGCAAGAGAGGAACUAAAAGACAGUAAAUUGAAGAAUAAGAAGUAGAGUGACUGAAAGCUGAAAUGACUUUAUUGCUGAAUAUUGAAGCAGAACAACUUCAAGAAGAAAAUAUGAUGAAAAGAUGAGAAAUUAACGCCCAGUACAAGGGAUCAUUCUCCUUAUUUAUAGACAGCAAAAAACAAAAAGAAAAACAGAAGUUUGCUGUAAAUCUCCUACUACUAAGAACAUGGCUUCAUCAGAUAACAAGAAUCUGGUAUGCUCCACUUUAUUAGGACUUUGCUAACAAACUUAUUUGACUUGGUCUUCAGCAACGAACACUUAUUCCCAAUAUGUUGCAACUUUUGAAGAGUAUGCACAACAAAGAUACGAGGUAUGAGACAACUGCAAUUUAGAGGAGGGGAGGAGAAAGUUUUUUAACCAAUUAAAUUAUAAAAAAAUGU